GCAACCUAUUCUGAAUUUUUGAUUGGAUGAUUCGCGGCAGUGACAACAAAGCAGACCACGUAGCUACGUCCAGCUCGGCAGUUUAUCUUUCUCCUUUUUAUCAGAAGUUUCCCCGAUUUUUAAGAUCAUGAGUCAACCAAAAGCCUGGAUAUUUUUGUUUUUGCCAUUUAUGUGGCUGAACUUAGAGCCGACUGGAGGCGAGAUUCAUUCCCUCACUUACAUCUACACGGCCUUCUCCAAACCUGUCAACCUACCGGGCAUCCACGAGUUCACAGCCAUGGGUCUGCUCAACGGCAGGAUGAUCGACUACUUUGACAGCGACAACCAGAAGAAAGUUCCCAAACAGGACUGGAUGAAAGAGAGACUGCCUGCGGAUUACUGGGACAAAGGCACCCAGUCCCGCCAGAGCAAGCAGCAGUGGUUCAAAGUCAACAUCAACAUCCUGAAGGAACGAAUGAGACAGAAUGACACGGACACCCAUAUUCUCCAGUGGAUGCACGGCUGUGAAGCCAAUAUCCGGGACGGAGUGAUGAAGUUCCGACGCGGUGUGGACAUGUACAGCUACGACGGAAACGACUUCCUGUCAUUCGACGACGACAACAGCGUCUGGGUCGCCCCAACUGACGCGGCAGUCCAGACCAAGAGAAAGUGGGACGAAGUCCAGGUCCUAAAAGAAUACACCAAGGGCUACCUGGAGAACGAGUGCAUCGAUUGGUUGGGGAAGUUCAUCAAUUAUGGACAAAAACAGCUAGAACAAGCCAUUCCUCCGACGGUUCACCUGUUUACAAGGAACACCAAAGUUGAAGCAAACCUCCUUUUGACGUGCCUGGCCACAGGUUUCUUACCAAAAGAAAUCACCCUGCGCAUGAAAAGGAACGGCCGUAUUCUAACUCCAGCUGACGGAGUUGUGUCCUCCGGCGUUCGACCCAAUGGUGACGAGACCUUCCAGAGAAAAGACAGCGUGGAGAUUUUACGGAGUGACUUGUCUGUCUACACCUGUGAAGUGAUCCAUCAGGCAUCCAAGUUACAUGUUGAGAAGGAGUGGGAUCAUAAACUUCACCCAGGCAACGACUCUGGACCAAUCGUUGGUGGGGCGAUUGGAGGCCUACUCUUGGUCAUCGUCCUCGGGGUCGGGGUGGUGCUGUUUGUCUUGUAUAAAAAAGGCAAACUUGGAGCUUGCGGAAUGAGAGGCAGCAAAGGUAACUACUUUAUUCCUCUUAAAGUCUUGUGAAGUUCAUAGUUCAGAGUCACCGUCUGUGCACUCAAGCAAAUGACUAGAGCUGUAACAAUU